AUGCCCCAUGAAAAACUGUUAUUUUACACGGGUAUACCCCAAAAAUUCAAUCUUUAUGAAAAUCUAGUAAAUAUAUCGUACAUAAACAGUACGUUUAGUUGGGUUAAAAUGAUAUUUGGAGUAUUUACUGUGCGGUGUAUGUGCCUGUAUUGUCAUGCACAGUCAACAGACAAUAUACUGAUUAAUUCGUGA